ACGGUCCGUCCGCGUAAACAAAAGGCUCCACCGUCGCCGAGUUACAAAAAUCUUAUACCUACCCCUGGACAGCGAAGAAAAAUAAUAACCCAGGAAACGAAAUCUACAAAUUACGAUAAUAUUACAACGGCGACACCGGAGUUUCUACCGCGUCGCUCAGUGUCCGCCGGUGACGAACGCGUUUUUAUUUCCGCCGGCCAGUCGACAGUGAUUGUUCGCGGGCAAUCUGUUGUCGCGUUGUCGCGUACCCACGGCCAUUCGAACAGCGGUAGGCUUGGAAGUACCGCCGACGACAUGGCACGCCGUCCGGAAGUCGCCACAUCUCCGUCAUACCAGUGACCGACGGUUUUGCGGUUCUCCUAUUAAACGCGGGUAUAGCAUUUGAUCGAGAGAAAACAAAAAAACAAAAUGUCUAAGGCAUGCAGGGUGUUAAAUCUUGAAGACGACGGAUCUUCGACUCCAAAUACAACAAUAAUAAAAUUAGAUUAUGUUAGCAGUAGUCCUAAUAUGACAACUUUCUUGACGCCUUCUCCAUAUCAUUUGCUUGAUCACGAAUAUGGUAUGACUCCACAGAACCAAAUCAUUCCAAAUCCUCUGACAUCGCCUUUAAUAAAAUCACAAGGUGUUAAACGCCGUUUAAAUUUAGAAACUUCGAAUUACGCCUAUGAAGACGAUGUAGCUGUGCCGGUAACGGCUAAACGUAUGAGGAAAUGGUCGAGUUCGAGUGCCGGCAGCGAGUCUCCAAGUCCCGCACAAAGUGUAGCUGGGAAGAAAUGUGCUGAGCGACCGACCAGAUAUGAUACGUCGUUAGGCUUGUUGACCAAGAAAUUCAUCGGUCUUUUGGAAGACUCUGUCGACGGCGUUGUUGAUUUGAAUAUUGCAUCGGAAAAAUUAGACGUACAAAAACGUAGAAUUUACGACAUCACAAACGUUCUCGAGGGUAUCGGAAUUUUGGAAAAGAAAUCUAAAAAUAACAUUCAAUGGAAAGGUGGCAGUAUGUACGGAUCGGAUAAGAAUUCGGUUCAACAAGAUAUAGAAACGAUGAAAGCCAAAGAAGAAGAAUUAGACAAACUGAUAAUCAAUACUGAACGGGAUAUAAAACAAUUGAAUGAAGACAAAAGGUAUAGUUACGUAUCAUAUCAAGAUAUAAGGUCCAUUGAGUCGUUUAGGCAGAAGACUGUGUUGGUCGUCAAAGCGCCACCAGAAACUGAGCUGCAAGUGCCACAAGAUCAUGUUGACGGAGAACAAAAAAUGUACAUGAAAAGCAACACGGGAGAAAUUGAAGUGUUCUUGUGUCCAGAGUACAAUGCCAGCGCGACUACACACCAACCUCAAAGUCAGCUAAGGCCAUACAUAACCCAGAGUAUCAGUGACUCUUCAAAUGGCAGCAGUACUGUCAUUAAAUCGCCACAAAAAGCAACAGUCAUUCAGCAGUCUCCGACAUAUUCGUCGCAAAAGAUAAAAUUACAAAAGCACAAUACAAAUGACGAAAACCAAUCGAUGAUCAGGACUAACGCCGAGCUGGCCGACGAACAUCAGUACAUACCCAGCACGAGCGGUUCCGGGAGAGACAUGUUCGAGGGGUCGAGUGAACCUUUCUUGAUGUUAGAACCGCCCAACGAGGACGACUACAACUACUGUCUGGAUUCGGAAGAGGGUCUGGGAGAUCUGUUUGGUUUCAGGCUGGAGUGAAAUUAUCGAUGAAGUCGUCGUGGGAGGGUAGAAUAAUUUAUUGAACUUUUUUUUUUAUGAGCCGCAAGUCCCUUCUUCUCUUCUUGUAUAACGAUUCUUUGGUUUACACUUGCCUAACGGUUUUAUCUUUAUAUUUCAUUAAAGAAAUUUUUUACUUAAUAUUUUAAUAUUCAAUUUUAAUUUUUUUUUUUUUUAAUUAUUAAAAUUUUAUUUAUUAUUCCAAAUAACAAUUUUUUUUUUUUUUUCUAGCAUAACUAUUAUUUAAAACCAAUUUGUUUUAUAUUGUAUAAUACUUUUAAAUCAAUUUAUAUUUUAGUUUCCAAUUCAUAUUUUUUUUUUUUCGUUUUUAGCUAUCAACUAAAUCAUUUCGAUAUAUUAAGAAGGUACAAAAUAUUGCAACUUAAAAAUAGAAUGUUUUUUUUGUUAGAUUUUUUUAUGAAUUGGAAAUUUUGCAAUUUAUCAUGUGUUCCAAUAUUAUGAUAGAGUAAUUUCAUCGUUUUGCCAUUUUCUGUUCCACCGUUUUUACUUUUUAUUGUGUUUUUCUUAUGAACUGAAAAGUCUUAAUGAUAUUUUUCACAAGCUUAAGUAUGAAAAACAACAUAACGCAAUUUAGUGCCUUUUAUUUAUUUUUGGUAAAAUAAUAUAGAGCUUUCUUCAUUAUUCUGCUGUUGGAAUAAUAGGGUGGAAAACUGGUAUUCUCAUUCUCCAGUCUUAAUGUGUUCAACAGCUAUGAUGAGCACACGUUAAAUCAUGAUUUUUUUUUUUUUUUAAGUGUACAUACAUGAUAAUUUCUAGAAAUUGUAUAUUUUAUCAUAAAUGUUUAGCUUUAGUGAUCUACCUCUAGUUUGUUAAGGCAAAGAAGAAGGAAAAUAUUAGUGUUAUUAACAAAAACCAAAAAAAAGAAACUAAUAUUUUUAACAAAUAUAAAAAAAUUUAUAUAUAUAUAUAUAUUUGUAAUUUUUACCAUCGUAUGAAAGUAAUCAAAUUUUUCGUGUAUAUUAUUAUUAUCAAAAAUAAUAUGAUAUGUCGAUUGUGUGUUUCGAGUGUAACUUUUUUUUUUAUGAUUUAUUUUUCCUGUCGGGUUUGAUCUCUGUUAAUACAACAACCACUCCUCUUUUUUUUUUUUUACUAACACUUUAGUACUGUACGUUAUUUUUUACCAUUUAUUGUGUACCGGCUCUUGUUUUCAUCCAUGUACAAUGUUUGUUUUUUUUUUUUGUCUGUUUAAACCGAAUUUUGGAUGUUUCAUUUAAUGAUUUCUUUAUUGUGGUGACAUUGUGUUUGUAUUAAGUUUUUGUUCUCCCCGUAAAAAAACAGUCUCGACGGUAAAACAUCCGACAACAUUAACAAUAAAAAUAUUGUAAACAUUGAUUUCUUGUAUAGUUAUUAUAUUUUGAUUGUAAUUAUAUUUGACAUUUAUCAUUUAAAAAAAGCCUUAAAUUAAAACUGUGUUUCGAAAUAAGAAAAAAAAAUUUAUCUUUCGAUGCACCAUUUCGAUCUAUUUUGAAUGAUUUACUUUCGUAAUGUGUCACACGGACAUUCGUUUACGCUUCGCGACGUGUUUGAACACUACUUAAAAAAACAUCUACUUUAUCAGACUGCAUAUAUCUUAUAUGCUGUUAAGUUUAACGAGUUGCAUUCGAUAACUCUAAAAAAAAAAAAAUAUUCUCAUCCAUCGCUGUAUCUCAC